AUUUGUAUUAACGUAUGAAUAUCGCAUGAUACGUUUGCGAACGUAAAUUAACAUACAUACUAGACCUUUUUUUAAUUAAUGCUGGAGGAGUUACAUAAUUAUCACAUUAUUUAAUGUUAUAUAAACAUCUUGCAUCCUAUCAUUUCCUCAAAUAUAACAUAGAAAGAGACUCCUGAUAUCUUCCAAGUUUCUCAUCUUCUAAACCCUAAUUAAAUAAUGUCCAUGAAAGGGAUCUCAUCAGCAGAACCAGAUAAGAUCUCCAAGAGAAUAUCUUUCCACAAGCCCAAAGAUUCUCACUCAGGCGAGCUUGAAGUCUUCGAGGCCGCCGUGUACUUCUCCGGCUACAACGACGUCUCCUCCGGCGACCAUAAAAACACAAAUAAGUAUGUUUAUAACACCCCAAGAGAGGAGAAUCGAAGGAGAUGGGGAAUAUUAGGAGGAGGGAGAAGAAUAAGCUUGGAUUUGCCUCUAAGAUGUUCAGAGCAGGUGCAUCAUAUCCACCAAGAUCAUCUUGAGAAACAAGAAGUUACAACAAUCAAAAGAAGUAACGUGAGACACAAGCAACCAAGCUCACCGGGUGGGAAAAUUGUCAGCUUCUUGAACUCUUUAUUUCAUCAAACGGGUUCAAAGAAGAAUAAGUCAAAGUCAAAGCCAACGGAUCUAGAAGUAGAAGAGGAGGAGAUCCAUGGAGGAGGAUGGAUGAGGAGGAAGAGAAGAAGUAGUAUCAGCCAUUUCUUGAGUUCAAACGGAUCUAACUCAACCACCACCACAACUACAGCAUCAUCAUCAUCAAAAUCUUUGUUGUCUUCGGGUUUUAGAACUCCUCCUCCAUGUUUAAACACUCCCACCAAGAACUACAAGAAGUUCUUGAAUUUCACUUCUGCCACAAACCAAGUGGAAGUUAUAAAGGAAAAGAAGAUAAAUAAAGAGUUGUCUUGGCUUGAUGAGAAACUUAAAGUGAUGGAGAGUCUCUCAGAGAAAGAGAAGGUUUGGGGUGAUGCUGAUGAUAAUGAUGAUGGAAUGGAGAGUGAUUCAAGUUCUGAUCUCUUUGAGUUGCAGAACUACGAGUUGUCUCGUGGAGGCUUGCCAGUUUACGAGACUACCAAAGUAGCUAACAUCAACCACACUCGUCUUUAACUUCUCUCUCCCUCCAAGUGACAUGUAAUCCAUCAUCACAGAUCUUGGUAAAACCAUGGAAUAUAUAUUUAUUUUUGUUUUAGUUGUUCUUGUCGAUUAUUCUGUAACUUAUAUUUAGUUCUUUUGAUAAAUACCAAGUUUUCUACAUUUCUUGUCUCUCGCAUGAAUUUUUUUUCUUCUUUUGGUAUCCAUUUAGUUACGUAUUUUUCUUUGUAACGGACAAUAUAUCGUUAAUAAUAAUUGCGAUAAAGUAAAUUAAG